CGAACGGCUAAAGUACAAUGCACCAGCUCCUCUCACUCAGCUUUAAUGUGGGGGAAAUUUGCGUCCGACAGCAAUAAGCGGGAAAGAGAGGUUUUGUCUAAGACUGCUAUUUGAUCUCUUCGGGACCACCGGGAACUUUAUACUUGCCACAUAAGACUGUCAGGAAUCUCGCCAACGUUCAUCAACCCACCUUUAUAAUUAUGGCUAAGAAAGUGUCGCAAACCGAACUUCAAGUCUCUGAGCUUUCUUUUGGUGCUGGCGCACUAUCAGGCGUUUAUGACAAAAUCGAGGAGGGAUGGCCGCUGCAAGCAUGUCAAGCUGCACUUCGAAACGGCAUCAAUCUUUUCGAUACUUCUCCAUAUUAUGGUCGUAGCGAGUAUAUCCUAGGUGAUGCCCUUGACGGGUUGAAGGAGGAGUUUCCACGAUCUUCUUAUUACAUUGCUACGAAGUGUGGUCGGUACGGAUAUACCACCAAAGAGUUCGACUAUUCAGCGGCAAGAACACGCGAAUCAGUACAAGAAAGCUUGAAAAGAAUGAAAACUUCUUACCUCGAUAUUGUAUAUUGUCACGAUGUUGAGUUUGUUCCAUUCGAGAACGUCGUUGGUGAAGGUGGUGCUCUCGAAGCGCUCUACGACCUCAAAAGCCAAGGCAUUGUUAAGUACGUUGGUUGCUCUGGAUAUCCACUCUCUGUGCUGCUGAAAAUUGCCGAGCACCAACAUCAAAAGGGACAGCCGCUGGAUGCGAUCUUAUCCUACUGCCAUUAUACACUUCAAAACACCAGCCUGGCAGACUAUGCACCACGUUUCCGAGCAGCUGGUGUAAAACAUUUGCUCAACGCCAGUCCUUUGGGUAUGGCUAUGUUCCGAAGUGCUGGUCCUCCUGACUGGCAUCCCGCCCACGCAGAGUUGCGCAAAGCUGCACGCCAGUGUGCUGUCAUUGCAGAGGAACACGGCCUGAACAUUGCUGAAUUAGCUAGUACUUUCUCGUUCAGUGGCCGUGAUCAAUUUGGUCUCGAUACAACAGUUAUUGGCUUGGAAAAAGCUGAAGAAGUCGAGCGAGCCAUGGAUGCAUGGAAAGUAGUCAAGGAAAGAGAAGCCGGAACCAAAGCUGUUCCCCAAGCUGAAAUCGACGCCUUAAAAAAGAUCCACGAAGUUUUGGCUCCCUACAAGAAUUAUGCAUGGCAGAGUCCCAGUGCUAAAGAAAUGGCAUGAUUUGCUUAUACUAAACGUCUUGUGCACGUCAAUAAUGCCACAUUGCUAGCUACAAAUAAAUCCAUCUAUUCAGGCCAUUGCCUUUCUCAUCAAAAUGACUUUUGGAUAAUUUUUUAAUAGAAGCUUUUAUUUGGACAAAAACCUACGCACCAUAGCCCCUGAUCGAUUCGGCAAAUGACCACUCCGUUUCAACACUGUAUGGCUCAGUAAUUUCGAAACCUUCUGCUGUGAUUUUCGCUCUUUGCAGCUGUAUUGAACACAUAAAUCAGCCAUCGUACAAACAACA